AUGGCGCGCGCCUCGAGCCUGUCGCUGCUGCUUGUGCUGCUAGUUGCGGCAGUGGCAGGAGCCAGGGUGCCUGUGGAUGCGGCCAGGAACACAACAUUGGGCGAGCUCCGGGAAACAACUGAUGCAUUGGUCAACACUGGCCUCGCGAAAUUGGGCUACAAAUAUGUUAACAUCGAUGAUUGCUGGGCAGAAUUGAACAGGGAUUACCAGGGUAACCUGGUUCCAAAUAAAAGAACAUUCCCCUCUGGUAUCAAGGCGCUUGCAGAUUAUGUGCACGCCAAAGGGUUGAAGCUCGGAAUCUACAGUGAUGCUGGGACACAAACAUGCAGUAAACAAAUGCCAGGAUCGCUCGAUCACGAAGAGCAAGAUGUGAGGACGUUCGCGUCUUGGGGAGUUGAUUAUCUGAAGUACGAUAACUGCAAUGAUGCUGGCAGGAGCGUCAGGGAAAGAUACACUAGGAUGAGCAACGCCAUGAAGAAAUACGGGAAGAACAUCUUCUUCUCAAUCUGUGAGUGGGGAAUCGAAAACCCUGCUACAUGGGCACGUGGAAUGGGUGGUAAUAGUUGGAGGACAACCGGCGACAUUGCUGACAACUGGGACAGCAUGACAUCACGCGCAGACCAGAAUGACAGAUGGGCCUCCUACGCUGGACCUGGUGGAUGGAACGAUCCUGAUAUGCUUGAAGUUGGAAAUGGCGGGAUGUCUGAAGCUGAGUACCGCUCGCACUUCAGCAUCUGGGCACUUGCAAAGGUUUGGGCCGGACCGCUCAGCGGCAACAGAAAGGCGGUGGUUCUAUGGAAUAGGCAGGGGUACCAAGCAACCAUCACCGCACGCUGGUCAAACGUCGGGCUUCCAGCAUCUGCCUCCGUUACCGCUCGCGAUCUAUGGGCGCACUCGUCAUUCUCUGCUCAGGGGCAGCUAUCUGCAUCAGUGGCGCCUCAUGACUGCAAGAUGUACAUCCUAACAACCAAGUAA